ACGCAACUGAGUGAAUUUUGUUAUAAAGUAUUUUUUGUAUUUUUAAAUAACAUUAGCCAAUUAUAUGAAUGUUGCCGUGGAAGGUUGCUGUCACGGUGAACUCGAUAAAAUCUAUGAAAGAAUCAGAAGCUAUGAACUAAAAAACAGUACUAAAGUGGACAUUCUACUUUGUUGCGGUGAUUUUCAAGCAAUAAGGCACGAAGAUGAUUUGAGUGAGUUAUCAUGUCCUCCUAAGUAUAGAGACUAUCGCGAUUUUAAGGAUUAUUAUAACGGCCUAAAAGUUUCUCCUGUAUUAACAGUUUUUAUCGGCGGCAAUCAUGAAGCUCCUGACUUUUUAAGAAAUUUAUAUUUCGGAGGAUGGGUGGCUCCGAAUAUAUACUACUUGGGCCAUUCAGGAGUAUUAAACUUCGGUGGGUUAAGAAUCUCAGGUAUUUCAGGCAUUUAUAACCUGAAUGAUUACACUAAAGGCUACUUUGAGUCAAGGCCUUAUACUGAGCAGACCAAGAGAUCCUCAUAUCAUAUAAGGGAAUUUGAUGUGAAGAAAUUAAGCUUGAUAAAAGAUAAAGUUGAUAUUUUCCUAUCUCACGACUGGCCUGCCGGUAUUGAGAAUUCUGGAAACUUGGACCAGUUACUAAGAAUAAAGCCAUUCUUUUAUGAAGAUAUAAAGAAUAAUACUUUGGGAAAUCCAAAGUCUAGAGAACUAAUGGAGAAAAUAAAGCCAAAAUUUUGGUUCUCAGCUCACUUACAUGUAAAAUACGAGGCUGAAUAUAAACAUGAAGAUGGAAGUACUACUCAAUUUUUAGCGCUGGAUAAGGUUCUUCCAUAUAGAGAAUUUUUAAGAAUUAUUCAAAUUACUCCUGAUGAUUCGUCAAAUAAGAGGAAGUUAGAUGAAACAUCUGAACCCGUUGAAGAUACACUGAAGCUUUGUUAUGAUAGGGAAUGGUGUGCAAUUCUUGUGGCAAAUAGAGAUAAAAUGCCUCUGAACCAAUUUUCAUCCGUCAACCCAAUCACUCUCAAUGAGCCUUUGGAUGAGGAUUAUAAAUUUGUGGACCAGAGGUUCAGUGAGUCUGGUUACGAAACUGUAACGCAGGAUGGAAAGACUUUGUUUGUUAUCCCUUUCAAGGCUGACUCUCAUAAGGAACCUGAAUCGCAGAGGGAGGCCUUUAUGAAUCUCUUGAAGCUCCCUACUAAUAACUACUUUAGCCCUGGAACUCAUGAUAAAAUGACUGUGAACUUUGUUGAAUGA